AUGGACCAAAUUGCUCUUGCAAUUCAUGAUGAGCUUGCCUGUUUGUUCAGAAAUAUAGAAGGGUUGUCAAAGGGAGGACAAAAAGUUGUGAAGGGUAUUGGUAGUGCUAUCUAUGUGGUGGUGGGGAAUCUAGUGUCUGGAGAUGAUAGGCAGGAUGCAGCGAGCGCUCAUACAGGAAACAGGAGGACCGUCAUACUUGGGUAUGAUGUGAACAAGUAUGAUGUCGAUUUACUGAACUUCCAGCUUAAUGCAAGCAUUUUGCUACUUUGUGACAAGGAGGUUUGA